AUGCAGGACCACAACCACAUCUCGUCCUCCUCAGCCGUCGCGCUACCUCCCGAGGUGAAGCAGGAGAUCUUCCAGCACCUCGAUAUCGACAGCGUUCCGGCCCUCGCAACGACUUGCCGCGCCUUCUACCGCGCGUACGUCAACGCCAAGGGUUUGAUUCACCACAGCAUCGCUACUAAGGUCGUUGGAACUACCCUCCUCCCUCUGGCCGUGGCAAGAUACGUCGCUAGCAAGGCCAACUGGCGAACCUUGCUGUCCACAUCAGGGGAUGAAAAAGCUGUGAGGGUAAUCCAAGCUUUCGCAAGUGUUUAUCUUCGCUGGGGUAACAAGUCCAUCCCGUUCGGCGCCGCCGCAUUCACUUUCGACAUGGCCAAAGACAUGUCUUGUUUCCCCGAUACGGAGCACCGACCUUCCACCAAGUCGGAAAUGACGACUCUACAUAAAGCCGUCUACAUCAUGGCACUGGCGGGAGACAUCUUCUCUGUUCGGGCCUUCUGGCUAUCAUUCCCGCCUUGGUACGGCGCAUUGGUCUACCGAAUCGAGUUUUGUCUGGACGGGCACAUCGAAAGCAUCUGGGGACGCCAUCCGGAACUCCAUGAACACCCUGACGAAGUUUACUAUGUUUCUGAUGGUUGGUUCUAUGAGAUCGGGAUUCGACGAACGCAGCUCAUCAUCAUGAAGGAAGACGGAGGCCUCGAGUCUUUUUUCGCGGACCUUCGACGUAUUACUGCUCAUCAUAAUCUCAGUGACUACGUUGUCGACGGUAUGUGUUACGAGUGGUUGAAGCCUGUUUUAGGCGACCGGAACAAGCGAUCCCUGUCCGCACAGCACCUUUUGGAAGCGUACCCCGAAACCGAGGAUACUGGUCUCCGUGACUGCUGGUACCUCAUUCUGGCGGGUUCGGUCCUCGAAGAAGACGAAGUUCCCGGCGAUCGCGAGAACUGUGCAUGGUGGAUUUACGAUCUCCAGGGCAUAUGCUGGGACCGCGCGCGUCUGGAAGAAUUCCUGCACGGCUCCAUUCCCACCAUGGAGGAGAUGGUUGCUCUGGUCGGGGACAGGGUCUGUCGGCUUAUCUAG